AUGGAAACGUGUAUUACACAAACCAAUUCUCUAUCGACACCGUGGAUCAGCAUUUCGUCUGUCUCACCUGCCGACUGCCACAGAUCAACAGGGCUUACGGAUAUCCCAAUUGGAUAUACCGAAGUGAGUUUUGCGACGUCACAAAUGGUCUCCAUUUCACUUGCUCCCUUGGCAACCACACGUCUCGUUCCGAUUGCUUCGGGCUGGAGUAAUGCUCCGUCUGGCUAUGAAGAGUGUGAAUCUCCAGCCGGUUCCGGUAUCAGCUUUAGACCCACGUGA